GUAACUAAAGUUUUGAGCCUUUCCCUAGCUGUAGCAGCAAUAGUGGUUUCUGUCAAGGCAAGGUACUUGCAAAAUCAUGUCUGGGGUUGGAGGCUGGAGGGAAGGCAGCAGGUACAGGACAGCUACUGCCUCCAAUACUCCACCUUCCUCUCAGGGUAACCCCUGGCAUGGCAACAAUGAAACGGAGAAGGAUGAAAGCACCCAGAAGCUGACAGCAUCUGAAGAGAAACAAAGAGGCCAAGCAUCAGCCCAGCAACAGCAGCAAGAUCGGUAUGUUGGCCCAUAUGUCUUGGUAACUCCAAAUGAAACCAGAAGAAAACAGUUGCAGCAAAUUGCUAAGAAAGAGCUCGAUGACCUGGAGCAAUGGAAGAAGGAACACAGGCCAGGGCCAAUUACCUUGGUGCCACAGAGACUGGGUGGAAACGAAUCAGAGGCUCAAGUAAGACAAAACCAGCAAAUGAUUCUCAUGCAAUCUAAAUACCAGAAAAAGCAAAAGAGAGAAGAGUACGUAAAAGCAAAAAAGGCAGCUGAAGAAGCUGAAAUCUUGAAAAAGAGAGCAAUUCAGAGAGAAAAGGCAGAGAGACUUGAAGUUAAAAAAAGACAAGAAGAAAUGCAAAGAAGAGAGAUGCUUCUUGAAGAUCAAAAGUACAAAACCAAUGAAUUACUGAACAGAUUGGACAUGGGCUUGCCAAAGAGUGAUUCCUGUCAGAUUGCUAAUCCUGGCCCAGAAUCUACAGCAUGGAAAAGAAGCCAUGCCUAUAAGCAAGCUCUUCGAGAGGAUGAAAACAGACGAUUAGAGGAAAUGAAGCAAGAACAACAGAGGAAGGCUGAAUUGCUGGAAUUUAAACAAAAGCAGGAGGAGGAAACCAGGACAAGAGCACUCAAAAAUGAACAGAGGAGGGUAAAUAAUGCUUUCCUGGACCGACUCCAGAACAAAACACAGCCUAAUAACGUCUACCACCCUGGAUAUACUGGACAACCUCAAUAAUGGCACCUUGGAGUCAAACUACUUGGAAUAAAGGAGGAGCAAGAACAAACAAAUCUAUAUGAACAGUGGCCCAGGAAGUGUCUUUGACAGUCAUGCCCUGCAAUGGAGAUGAUAAGAAGUUACAUCCAUCCACAAAUUGAUGUUAGCAGGAUGUCUGGAAAAAGCAGUUCUUAUCCUGUUGGAAAGCUUCCAGUAUCUCCAUACACACAUACCCUGCCCAAACUGUAAGUUUGAGAGCAAAGGGCUGUUAUGACAUCUCUUUAAAGGCAUUAUAAUGAAAUAAACUGGUGGUAGACUGGGAGAACAGCUUCAGGUUUGUCAAGAGUCGGGAACUGAGAGUUGGACAUCUUUUCUAUCUACUUGUUAGAGUAAACCUCUGAUAAAGGUUUUCAAACUCAAAUAAUUCCUCUAGUUACAACUUACGCAAACCAAAUUAAUUAUCUUGGUGCUGUUGCAUAAAACCAGAUUUUAUUAUUGUGUAACAGUAAAUGGAGGGUUUGGGGUUUUUGUUUUGUUUUUAAAUUUUUGUUGUCACAAUAUAAUUUGCACUGAUGAUCUCCUUGUUAUUUCAGAAAAAUCCUUCCAGCAGGGAGUUGUGUGGAUCUAGAAGUUGCAAGAGGAAACCCCCUUGCUUUUUCAUUGCUGAGUCAAAUUCAUUUUAACAAACUGACUGAACCAUUAUGAUCAGCUAUUCUGAAUUCCAAUAUAACUUGACAGCAAGACUCCUAUGUUUAGAUUUUAUGGUCUGCCUAAAUUAGAAACUACCUUCCUAUGAAGAAAUGUAGUAUUUAUUUAAGGACUUACAAGACUGAUUCACUGUUAUGUACUCAAAAGUUGUUCUUAUGGUUUUUCUGUCCCUACUUUUAAAAAUACCUUCCUGACUCCUAGUACAAACUUAUCAAGUUCCAUAAAACUGUUAAUGAAUUUUCUUAAGCAAUUACUUGGUAAAUUACAGUUUUCUGCUCCUGAGACUCUUCUUUUUCUCAAUGUGCAUAAUUUGGACUGCUUCAUUCAGUUUACAGGUUUUGUUCAGCUUUUAUUUUAAAAAUAUUCCAGAUUUACAGAAAGCCUUUGAUGCAAUGGGAUUUGGUGUAACUGUAUCUUCUUUUUGGUAUGUGCCCCACUACUCAGACACUAAGAAUAUUAUAAGCUACUAGAAAGGGAGUUAAUCCAUGGCUUACAUUUUAUGGUACUCAUCCGUGUUCAGUUCACGCCUCUGCAUCAAGAAAUCCAAAUCUGUGUUUCCUGUCUUGGAAAACAUUUUAACCACCAGUUCUUUAGAGCAGUUCUUUAGAGCAGGUCUCAACACCCA